GCCUGUAAGAAGCCCACCCUUCUCGCGAGACCGCGACCGUCCGAAGAGGGGGCUGCCGUCAUGCUGCGGAAGCUCUCCCUCCAUGGCGUCAUGUCCAAGGCGCGAGGUAGCGACGAGAGUCCGCGCGCCAGUGCCAGGGUCAGGGUGCAGAAGUCGCUGCGCCAAGGCGGCAGAGGAAGGGCGGCGGCCGCCGCCACUUCCUCGCUGAUCAGCCAGUGCGUCACAACGCCACGUGACCUCGACGACCUCAACGCCGAGGACGGCAGCGAGGAUUUCAGCCAGAUCGCUUCUCUGCUGCAAACGCUCUCGUCGCUAAGCAACCAAGGAAAGAAGUUGCAAACCAGCGCUCACCGCAAAGCCCAGGGCUCGAUGGUGCUGCCCGACAUUCCAGAGAAGAUCUCCCUGGAGGACUGGUCCGUCAAGGCUUGCUGCAUCGAGGAUAUCGUGUACCCGAGCUCUCAAAACUGGUCCUACCUGACCAAUUCGGCCAUCACGACCUUCACGGAUCAGGCCUCGAGGGCGGGCGGCAGUAGUAGCAGCCUGUUCGACUCGUCGCUCACCGACUCCAGCUCGACGCUGUCCGUCGACACCGAGUGGGGCGGCCAGCCGGGCGAAUCCCGCCGUAGCCAGCGCCGCGAGGCCAAAGCCGCUGGGCUCCGUUGCCGGCGCAACGAAAAUCCCGACAUCGUGGUGCUCCUGGGCGCAACGAGGUUCCCGUGCCACCGUUCUCUGCUCUCCGUGCACUCGCGGUACUUCCAGGAGAUCCUCGCUGCUAAUCCUCAGACACAGAAGGAAAGUUGCGCCAACAAAUCCUUUCCUCGCCGUCUGGAUCCUUUCCACACGGCGUCGGGCGUCGUCUUGGGCCAUCAGAGACGUCUUUCAAUGCAGUUGGAGCUACAAGGAGUGUCUGGCGACGCUUUCCACGCGCUACUUGACUACAUGUACUCUGGCAAACUGCACCUCACCUGCCAAAACAUCGGGAAGCUCUAUGUUACCGCUAGCAUCCUCAAGAUAGCCAGGGUCAAGAAAAAGUGUGCGAGGAUCCUGACCAAGUCUCCGUACGACCCAAAGCACGCGGUGUACGUCUACGUGACGGCGCGCAAGUACGGCUUGGCGUCGGUGUGUAAGCGGGCCCUGAAACUGCUGCACCACCGACUGGAAGAGACGGUCACAUGCAAGCCGUUCCUCGACCUGGAUGUCAACCAGGUCUGCGAGGUGCUCUCGGGAAACACCGUCGGCGCCAGAGGUGAGAUGGUGAUGUUCUUGGCGGCCCUGCACUGGCUCAACCACAACUACCUGGAGAACGAGCCGUACGUGCUGAAGGUGAUGCAGUGUGUGCGCUUCGGCACCAUGAGCAUCGAGGAGCUGCUGUGCUGCCUGCACCCGCCGCUGCUGCCCGGCAUUAUGGAGGUGCACGAGGUGCGCGCCCACAUCCUGGCUGCCCUCUGGUGA